AUGAGUAAUUUCGUGGCUAAGACUUGGAGGCCAAGCCUCGGGGGGCAAAACCAACAGCUAGUUAAUGCCCAGCCUGGCGUCCUGCCCCUCCAACAACUCAACCAAGGGGUGAACAACCAACAGGUUCCACCUCCACCUCCUAUCCCUCAGGGAGUUAUCCAACCUGGGCUUGGAGGUGAAAACAACCUCUUGAUCCAACAGGAUGUUGGUGAUAACGCUGCUGAUAACACGGAUGAGGAACUUAAAAAUGUUAAACCUCGUGCUGCAGCCUAUGUACCACCUCAUGUGAGGAUUGGUAAUGGCAAUAGAGCAAGGAAUGACCAUCAACGCUAUCCUCUUCCACGCCAUCCUCUUCAAGAAGGACCAGUCAAUCAGAAUCACCUUAGAGAAAUAAUUGAGGAUAUGAUUGGUCCAGCAUACCGAAGGAUUGGACGACCAUCCUUCCAGAAGCCCUAUUCUGAGGAGUAUGAUAGACUUUAUCCACUCCCUCAAGGAUACAAGGUCCCUGACUUCACUUGUUUCUCUGGAACUUCAAGUGAGCAGUUGACUUUGGAACACAUUGCUCGUUUCACCGUGCAAUGUGGAGAGGCUAACUCUGGAUACCACAAGCUUCGUCUCUUUCCUAAUUCCGUCACUGAAGCGGCGUUCACAUGGUAUAUCAACCUACCGCCUAACUCUGUGAGAUUUUGGGAAGAGAUGGAAAGGUUAUUCCAUACUCAGUUCUAUAGGACUGAACCUGAGGUCUCCAUGGCUGAUUUAUCCCGCCUUUAUCAAAAGAAAGGUGAAUCGGCCGAAGACUACUUAGUUCGUUUCAAGAAGCUAAGGAAUAUGUGCCGUACACCUCUUCAAGAGAUGGAAUUCGUACGCCUAGCUCACGUGUAUAGUACACCAUUUGGUUUUUAUGAGUUGAAUGACCACGUCAAAUAUGAAUCUCCCUCUUCCAAGGAUCCAAAUCGCUCCUCCCCUAUAAAGACGGCUCGGGUUGAUAAUAGAUCCUUCAAGGAAGCUCUUUGUGGAUCUAAUAAGGCUACUUCAGCGAAUGGGUUGGAAUAUUCUUCACCUCUACAGAAUCCACCUAGCACUAGUUCUCCGUCUGCUGCUGACAGGUCGCUUGCUCCUCUUCUGCUUGAUAUUGAUAUUCCCAAAGAUGAUCUCGAAUGGCUGAACAGAAGCAUGGUAGGCAAAUCCUAUGGAGGGGUUGAUUGCAUUGAGGCAUCCCUUAAAAGCCACUCACGUACUCUUUUAAGGUUUUUUGAUGAACUCAUAACUUGGUGGGAUGAUGACACUGAUAGAGCAGCUUUACUUUGGAUUAAGCUCGAAGAGGUUCCUCUUCUUCUUUGGCAUCAAGACUUCUUUCAGAGACUGGGUAAUGGUUGGGGAAAAUUCAUAAAGACUCAUGAAAGUACUCUUUCCAGAGAAUCAUUUAGAGCUGCAUGGAUUUUGGUUGAAGUGGAGAGUAAGGGUGAUAUCCCCAAUGUAAUAUCAGGCAAAGUUAGUAACAUCCCAUUCAAAAUCAUAUGUUCUACUUACAUGGCUGCACCAGGUUCUAUCAGAGUAGAUGGAUCGCUUAGUAGUGGAGAAAGCAGAGAGUCACCGGCACAUUCCACACCGUCGGUGUCACUCAGGCUUAUGGAAAACAGAGAAGCUAUUUCGGGAAGCAGCAAGGAAAUUAAUAAUUUUGUCGACAACUUAAAUGAAGAUUGUAGUUUGUCGGCUAGCUGUCCUUUGGAGGAUGAGCCAAACAACUUGGAAAGUCCAAGGUUAGAAAAUGCCUUUUCCAGAUAUUUAAUUGGAUCAGGGGAGCAUCAGUCUUGGGUACCAGAAUCUAGUGGGUCCCCUAUUGUAUCUAAAAAGUCAUGGAUUACCGUUCGUAGAAAUAAAGGGAACAAAAGGAAGAAUUUGGCUAACAUUGACAUUGUUAAUUUUGAUUCAAAUCUAGGCCUUAACCAAAGCCCAUCUUCUCCACAUUCUAGCCCAAAUCGGCACAUCUUGAAUAGGAAAAUUGAUGAAAAUAUCAAUUUGUGUAAACAGGUAGGGGUGGAGUUUGAUGUGGAUCCAGAAGUGGUCCGACGUGAACUGGGUAUGAUCCAUGGGCCACAGGAAUCCAAGUGCGAAGGUUUUGAUCCUAAACAGUUUAGGCUCAUUUGGGGGGAAGGUAACAUCCAUGGUGUUUUUGCUGAUGCAGUUGGAAAAGCCGGAGGCCUUAUCUCUAUAUGGAGAGACGAUUUUUUCCAGAUGGAUUCUUCCAUUAUAUCCCAAAGAAUCUUGAUUAUUCUGGGAUCAAUUAGGGCACUGGAUAUGAAAUGUGCUUUUGUUAAUGUGUAUGCCCCCAAUAAUGAUGAAGAGCGGCGAGUUUUCUUUGAGGAGCUCUCUAUGCAUCUUUCUGUUCUCAAUGUCCCCACUUGUAUUUGCGGUGAUUUCAACGUGGUCAAAUCAGAAGAGGAGAGGUCGGGGACUCUUUCUAAUGAUACUGCUCUUGGUGUCUUCAACGAUUUUAUUGAGGAUUGGGCGCUAGUGGAUCUGCCUUUAGUUGGGAGUAAUUUCACUUGGUUCGAAAACUCUUCUCCUCCUUCUUUCAGCCGUAUUGACCGUUUCCUCUUUGCCCCUAUUUUUUUAACAACUUUCCCAAACGUGUUUCAAAAAGCCCUUCCCAGAUCCCUCUCCGACCAUAAUCCCAUCCUUCUAGGUUGCGAGGAAGUUGAUUGGGGCCCCAAACCUUUCAAACUUUUUAAUUUUUGGUGCGAGGAUGAUGAUUUCAAACUAAUGGUUAAGACAGUUUGGAGCAAUUCUCAAAACUCAAAUCUUUGGGAGAAACUUAAAUCUCUCAAACCAGCGCUAAAGGCAUGGGCAAGCACAAAAUUUGGAAAUCUUGCUGCCUCUAUUAGUUCUUUGGAGGUAGAAAUCCAGCAAAUGGAGGAACUCCUAGCUGUUAAUGGGGAAAAUGAAAGUCUCAGAAAUAAGCUUUAUCACUGCAAAGGGGAGCUUUGGAAACUAAUGCGGGCUGAGGAGAGGUCGCUACAUCAGAAAUCCAGAGUCAACUGGCUUAAUAAUGGUGAUAAAAACUCAAGGUUCUUUCAUCAGAAGGUUGCUAUGAGGAACGCUUCUAACAACAUUACAAGUAUCCAGCACAAUAAUUUCACUAUAACCGAUCCGAGUGAGAUCAAAUCCUUCAUUUCAUCCCACUUUGAGAACUUGUACAAUUCCAGAAAUGCUUUGAAAAUUAGGAACUUUGAUGGCAGGUUCAACUCUCUUUCCGAUUCCAGUAGAAUAUUUCUUGAGACUCCUUUUACUUCAGAAGAGAUCUUUGAAGCCAUCAAUGUCUCGGACGGAAACAAAUCACCAGGGCCGGAUGGUUUCAACCUUCACUUUUUCAAGAAGAACUGGGAUAUUGUCAGAACUGACCUUUUGAAAAUCUUUGAUGAUUUCUUCCACUCCGGGUCCUUUGACAAAAAGAUCAACUCCUCAUUCAUCUCUCUUAUACCAAAAUGUGCUAGUCCCUCCUCCAUCUCGGAUUAUAGGCCAAUCAGCCUUGUUGGAAGCAUCUAUAAGAUUAUAUCUAAGGUCCUUGCCAGAAGAUUGUCUACGGUUAUCACUGAAGUUAUUGGUGAAAGUCAGUUUGCAUUUAUCAAAGGUAGACAGAUUAUUGAUUGUGCCUUACUUGCCAAUGAAACUAUUGAUUGCAUCAAAAGAAGGGGUACGGGUGGUGUUCUGUUCAAGGUGGACUUUGAAAAAGCUUAUGAUUCGGUGGAUUGGGGUUUUUUGAGUUUCACUUUUGGUAAAUUUGGUUUUAGAACUAAAUGGAUCAGUUGGAUGGAAUCCUGUGUCUCUACUGCUACUUUAUCUGUUCUUGUAAAUGGUGUUCCUGCAGGCCUUUUUGGUAUGCAAAGAGGUUUGCGACAAGGGUGCCCUUUAUCCCCCUACCUCUUCUGUUUAGUUGGGGAAAUGCUCAAUGUCAUGCUGGAGAAUGCUGCAAACUCUAAUCUUUUCAAAGGGGUUCAAAUCGGUAAUAGCAAUCUUUCCAUCUCCCAUCUUCAAUAUGCCGAUGAUACUGUUAUUUUCUGUGAGCCUUGUAUUGAACAGAUUAGGAAUGUGAAAAAUGUUCUUAUUUGCUUCCAAUUGGUUUCCGGAUUGAAAGUGAACUUCAACAAAAGCAGGCUUUAUGGGAUUGGAGUGGAUGACUCCUCUCUGCAAGGGUGGGCUAAUGAUAUUGGUUGUAAAUUUGAUUAUCUUCCUUCUGUUUACUUGGGACUUCCUCUUGGAGCUCGGCAUUCUUCAGUGGCUAUUUGGCGGCCUGUUAUCGAAAUAUUCAGCCUUCCAAUCUACUACAUGUCUCUCUUCCCUCUUCCUGCUAUGGUCAAAGUAGAACUUGAUAAAAUUCAGCGCCGCUUUCUUUGGGGAGGCUCGGAUAGUCAAAAGAAACUCCAUUAUGUUAAUUGGAACCAAGUCUGUAAACCUAAAGAAAAUGGAGGACUGGACAUUGUUGACCUGGAUAUUAAAAAUAGAGGGCUGCUUAAAAAAUGGGUGUGGCGCUUCGGAAAUGAGAAGGAUUCCUUGUGGCGGAAAAUCAUUGUGGAGAAAGGCAAGCUUAACCCUCUGGACUUGCAGCCAAGACUUGAAUCAGCAAGUAAAUGCUCACCUAUUUGGAAAAAUAUUCUUAUACAUCGACGACAUGAGCAAAACGACUUGGUGUCUCUGUCUUAUGGGAUGGCUUUGAUUGUGGGGAAUGGUAAAAACAUCAAAUUCUGUUAUGACCAUUGGAUCGGUGAUAGACCUCUAAACAUCCAAUUCCCAAGAAUCUUCUCUCUUGUUACUAACAAGGAAGCUCGCAUUGCUGAUCUAAGAAUCUUGGAUGAUUCAGAUUGGAAAUGGUCAAUCAGAUUGAGAAGGAACCUGUUUAAUUGGGAGAUUGAACAAUGGGAAAACUUUCAAGAAUGCAUCAGGGACAUUGUUGUCAAUGAGAAUUUUGCUGAUAAGGCUGAUAACCACUUUGAUAUCUGGAAAUUAGUCUGGCCUGAUCUUGCCCCCCCAAAAGUGCAUGUUCUUCUAUGGCAGAUUAUACAUGGAAAAUUAGCAGUCAAAGUCGAGUUGGCUAAAAGAAACAUCUUGAGACAGGAUCAGGCUUUUUGCUCUCUAUGCCCUAAUGAACAUGAAACAAUUGAUCAUCUUUUCUUCAAUUGUCAUAGCAGUUGGGAGGUGUGGUCCUUUUUCUGCAAACAAUGGAAUGUUUCGUGGGCUUCACCUUAUGAUGCCAAAUCCUUUACCCUUUCUUGGUUGAAACCUGCUUUCCACAUUCCUGCUUUCGAAGUUUGGAAGCUGCUGUUCUUUGCGAUCCUUUGGUCCCUUUGGCUGCGUAGGAAUGAGGGAAAACCAGGACCUGGUGGAAUAGGAGGAAUCCUUCGCGAUCAUGAUGGUAAAAGUUUACUGGAGUUCUCUAAGUCAGUGGGUAUGAUUGAGUCUAAUGAAGCUGAACUGCGAGCCAUUAGAGAAGCCCUCCUUAUAUAUUCGACAUCUUCUUGGGCUUCAUCACACCCUCUUAUUCUGGAAUCUGAUUCGUCGAAUGCUUGUGGAUGGGCUAGAAAUCCUUUCGUUGUCCCUUGGAGGUUUCGAUCCUAUGCAAUAUCAAUUGCUUUCUUUAAAGAAAAAAUCUCUUCUCUGUCGAUCGUUAAUAUUCCUAGAAAACAAAAUACAGCCACUGAUGCACUUGCCAAAAGUGGAGUUUAA